AUGGUGUCUGUCGCCAAGCUCUUUUCGUUUGCCGACACCACCGACAAGGUCCUCGUCGCACUCGGUACACUGAGUGCAAUGACCAUGGGCGUACUUCUGCCCAUGCAGAUCGUUGUCAUUGGCGACGCCCUCAAUACGUUGGGCGCCAACCGCGUGACCGACGAUUCCGACAACUUUCGCUCGGGCAUUCGCCGCAUCGCGAUCCAGUUUGCGGUCAUCGCUGCGAUUGCGCUUCUGUGCGGCCUCGCGCAGAUUGCGUGUUUUUCGAUCGCGGCGGCGCGCCAGACGAAGCGCCUUCGCCACGCCUACGCGUCGGCCAUCCUUCGCCAAGAAGUCGGCUGGUUCGACGUCAACGACCCCAUGCAACUCGCGACGCGGGUCGCGGAUACGACGCUCAUCAUCCAAGAAGGUCUUGGGCGCAAGGUUGCGGACGCCAUCAAUUUUUCCACCAUGGGUCUCUCAGGUGUCAUUGUCGCCUUGGUGUACGGCUGGGAGCUCGCGCUCGUCUUGCUGGCUGUCUCGCCGCUCGUCGCUGGCAGCGGCUAUUGGAUGAUCAAGGCGAUCACGACGGCCACUCAAGUCGGCGUCGACGCGUACGCCGAGGCGGGCGGCAUCGCACAAGAAGCGCUGAGUAACAUUCGCACCGUGCACGUCUUCAACGCCAUAACGUCGUUCGCGCUCAAGUAUAAGGCAGCGCUGGCAAAGACGGAAGCCGCCGGCCUCAAGAAAGGCGUCGCCAUCGGCGUUGGCACGGGCGGCAUGUUCUUUGUCAUCUUUUGCACGUACGCGAUCGGUAUGUACUACGGCGCGGUCAAGGUCGCCGAUGACCAGAUCACCGGGUCGUGUGUCGGCAGCGGCUGCUACGACAGCAGUCGCGUCCUCGUCAUCUUCUUCUGCAUCAUCAUGAGCUCGAUGGCGCUUGGCCAAGCCAGCCCCGGUAUCCAAGCCAUCUUUGCGGCCCGUGCAGCUGCCCAAGGCGUCUAUGAACUUAUCGAGCUCGAGUCCAAGAUCGAUGCGGCCGCAGCGUCGGGCACGACCUUGCCGUCUGUCCGCGGUGAUAUCACGCUGGCCAACGUUUCGUUUGCGUACCCGUCGCGACCGGACGUCCGCGUCUGCGCCGGUUACUCGCUCACGAUCCCGGCAGGCCAAAAGAUUGCGCUCGUCGGUGCGAGUGGUAGUGGCAAGAGCACGAUUGUCUCGCUCCUCGAGCGCUUCUACGACCCGCUCUUCGGCAAUGUUCUGCUUGACGACUACGACCUCAAGGACCUCAACCUCAAGUGGCUCCGAUCCCAAAUUGGUCUCGUGGGCCAAGAGCCGUGUCUGUUUCAGGACACGAUUGCCAAUAACAUUCGCCAUGGCAAGCCGGACGCAACGGUCGACGAGGUGAUUGCGGCCGCCAAGCAAGCCAACGCGUACGACUUUAUCAUGGGGUUUCCGGACGGUUUCGACACCGAAGUCGGCGAUCGCGGCGCGCAGCUCUCGGGUGGUCAGAAACAACGUAUUGCGAUCGCGCGCGCGAUCAUCAAGAACCCGAGCAUUCUGAUUCUGGACGAAGCGACGUCCGCGCUCGACACGGAGAGCGAGCACAUUGUGCAGGCGUCAUUGGACCGUCUCGUCGCGUCGGGCAACCGGACGACGAUCAUCAUUGCGCACCGCCUCUCGACGAUCCGGAACGCCGACCGCAUUGUUGUGCUCCAAGCUGGUCGUAUCGUGGAAGAUGGUGCACACGACGAGCUAGUGGAACGUCCUGACGGCCUCUACAAGGCGCUUGUCGACGCGCAGAUGAAAUCUUCUGAGACCACCGACGAUGCGUCCCCCGUCGCGACGGGCCACAAUCGGCUGCAGCACAAGCCGGCACUGACGACCGAAGUCGACGCGAUGGCACCGUCGAUCGAGUCGGCGUCGGAGACGGAUGCGUCGCUUGUGUCGGCGCCCGUGCCGCUCAUGCGCGUCUGGCGCUUGAGCCAGCCCGAGUUCUUCAACCUUGCUUUGGGCAGCCUUGGUGCGCUCGUCAACGGCGCCGUGUUCCCUGUCUGGGGUGUGCUCUUGACCAAGUCGAUUGUGCUUUUUUUCCGCGUUGAUCUCGGUGCCGAUGCCAUGCUGCACGAAGCGUCCAUCUGGUCGGGCGCGUACGCCGCGUUGGGGGCCGUCUUUUUCGCGGCCGUUGUCAUCCAGAACCAUCAGUUUGCGAUUGCUUGCGAGCGACAUUGGCUGGUUUGA